UUUUUUCUAUUUUUUGAUUUUGAUUUUUUUUUUUUUUUUCGCUUUUCUCCUUCGCUGUGCAGCCCGCCCGCCCACCUUAGUUUCCCUUGUUCCCUUGUGGCUGAUAGCCUCUCGCAGUCAAUGCAAGCACUACAGAAGGAUCUGCCUUGGUGUUUAACAGUUCAUUCAUGAUCCCUUUGCUCGAGCAUGAUCUGGCCAACCUCAUUAGGAUAGAUGCCACCUCCUUGUGAGGAGCAUGUAAUAAGAAGUUCUAUCGAGAACCUCACCAAGCACCUUUCUAGGUUCCAUCUUCUCAUUCUGUUUUCGUCUUUUGUUGUUGACUUAGUCUGCCUUUCUUAAUCAAUAGACCCUUCUAUAGACCAUGGCCCAACAAGGGUCAUCGAGACCAUUUCGCCCCAUUGCACCGCGAACGCUUCCAGAUCCUCUGCCGCCGCCGCCUGCUCCUCCGGGGGGUGGAGUUGAAGAGGUCAAGAUAAGGAGAGCAUCUGCAGCUUGCAAUGAAUGCAAAAGACGUCGAACAAAGUGCAGUGCUGAUACCACCGGCCCUCCCUGUGCUGAAUGUGCGCUCCAUGGACGUGACUGUGUUAUCGAUGAGUUUGCAGACAAGCGGCGUAAGGUCGCGGCCAGACGUGCCCAGGAGGAAUUGCGAUAUUAUCGUGGAUUUGUGGAGCAGCUGCUGAAGGCAAUCCGGCAUGGUGAGGGAACAGAUGUGGAAGCAAUUGUUGCCGUCAUCCGGUCGGGUGCAUCUCACGACGAAAUCCGUGCUGUUGUUCGAGGGCUCUUGAAGCGGGACGCGAAAGGGGAGGAAGAUAUGCCGGACGGCGUGGGGCAGGGAACAGAGACCGACGAUACAUCGAAAGACUUGACUCCCGAAGGUUGGUCUUGACCAAGGUUAUUGGAUUUUGCUUCAACUUGGGGAAUCGAUCACCCAUAACGGCCACACAUCGUUCUGCCGUAACUGAUCUCCCUCUACAUCUUCAUAAUCACACUUGUCGUUGGACUGAUCAUUUCGAGCGCCGCACUUGUUUGCUUAAGAAUCCUGCAG